AUGGCACCCCCAGAGCCCCUGCAUUUCUGUCUUUCCGUGGCUUCUGCUUGGCUACCACUCGGGUGGAGAGUUGCGAGGAAGGCAGGGCUACUCAGGCAAGCCAAAGGCGACGGGGGGGACCUGGUUCUCUUGAGUCUGCAUUUGCGGCUUGCCAGGCACCGUGGCACUGGCACCCCCCCGCGGUUAAGGGAAGAAGAAACAAUGACAGAAUUGGCGUGUCGAUCUUUUCAGUCUUUUCCCUGCCCAGGGAGCACCCCUCCGCGCGAGGUUCAAGGAUCGACAUUGUAUCCGUACGAAUACCAACUUACCGACCUCUCUUUCUCUAGGUAUUUCCCGUUUCCCUGCUGUCACGCCUCUGUCAGUUAUUUCAACCACACCUUUGGAGUCUCGACGACAAAGGGGGCAGCGAUUCGCUCGGGAAAAGAUGUGCAAGAGUGGUCGGCGACCAUCUUCCACCUCACCUUGCAGCGACUAAUCUCGGAUGGCUUUUCGUCCGAGAACGUGAACAUCAUCUCCAUGCCUGCUCCCCUGUCACCCAUGCCCUUGUCUGUCUUGGACUCCGACUCCGAUUCCGAUCUUUAG